GCAACCCGGCGUUGCUAGACUCGGAUCUCCUUCCACCCUCCCUCCGCCCUUCUUUCCUUCCGCUUCAGCACGGCUGGCUCGUGCGCACGCUCAUACACGUUUCGAGCUUUAAGGCCUGUUCCUAAUUAUGUUGCUCAGGGAGCUUGUAACGACCAAAUCUGUGCCUGCAACCCUCAAGGCAUGGUAUCGUAGGAUCACUCUCAAUAGAUUCACGCUAUGCUUCUUCGUUCUCGCCUUCGCCAACUCUGUUGCACAAACGACCAUCAUGACCAUGCAGUUUGUCAUGAGCAUGCAGGGGAGGGACUUUGUUUCCGAUAUCGUCUUCACGGCCGGCAUUCAGAAAGGCUUCUCAGUAAUUGAGGGCAACCAGGUCAUGUUGUGCAAUGGCAUCCCGAAUCAAGCAGGAACCACCUGUAUCCCGGCAUCGAAUAGUUCCAUCAGUCCGGUUCUUGCCACGCGAGCACUUCGCCUUUAUGAUCAAGUCGUUGAGGAUACGCUGGGCACCGCACAGGUCGUAGACGAGGAUGGCGUUGUUGUGGGCGUGCAUGUUACCGACGCUGCAUUCGGUGCUGCUACAUUGAGCUUGGAGUGCGUUGAAUCGUUAACUCCGCUGGAGACCUUCUUGAGAGAUGCGAUGAGCGAGGAUAUUACACAUUUCAUCUUCCAUACCUGGCAGUUCUUGCUCUCCGUCGUCGGUCUUCUUUCGGAAUCCAUUCCUCAUCUGAUUGUAGUGCUUGCUAGCCAUGCGCUGAACACCGCUUGGGCCUCGUUCCGUGUUUACACAGACAAGACCACGCGCGAUCAAUACACGAACGUCAUAGUCGGCGACAUGUGUGGAGGAGUGGAUGUUUUGGGUGGCUGGCGAGAGGAGGGUAAUCUCAUUGCACUAAUUGGAGUGAACGCCGUUGUUUUCUUCAUCAUGUGCUUCCUCGUGUACAAAAUCAUUCGGGGAUAUUUGAAAACUACCUUGACUAGCGUUGGCGCACCUCGCAUAAUCAGCAGAAUGUAUAAUCUUGUCCUUUGGCUUUAUGUGGCACUCCAAUUUUCCGCCUUCUUCAUGAUGGCAUCGGCUGCCGUCUGGUACAACAAACUUUCUUCGGACAUCGAGCCUGCGACGUACAAGAAAUCUCUGUAUUUCGUACCUUUCUAUGUCACUUCUGCUCUCAUCGUGCCAUGGUAUGUGCUCGGAGCAUUUGCCAUGCGCCGGGAAUGCCGUUGGAUGUUUGCCCUUUUCUUCUCGAUGACGUUAGGAUUCAUUGGGAUGAACGCUACGUGGUUCACGAGUCCUGUGUUCAUCUACGAGCUCGGAGCAUGGUCGUUCUUCGGGGCCUUCACGUGUUUUGCGGACUUCAUGCUCAUCGUGACUGUCAUUCUCGCGUUCUUCUGCAGACUGCAGUUUGGCAAGGGCCUGGCCCACUAUCUCUGGGUGCAGCAAAUGCUUGAAGAAACCGGCUUCCCUGAGGCAAGCUUCAUCAACCCGACGUCGGGCGUGACCGGUGACAAGUCCGGCAAGCCCAUACGCCGCAACACAAGCGGCGGCCUCUCCGUCAUCUUGCGUGACAAGAUCAACAAGCCGCCAAUUUCCCACCGCACGUCCACCGACUCAACUUCGUCGGUCGAGUCCUCGGUGUUGCAGACAUGGCGCUCGAACAAGAAAGCUCAAGAGCUGCAGAAUAUGGGUGUGUUCGACAUCUGUGCUGCAAACAAUCGUUUCCCUUCCUUCCCUCCUGCUCGCCCUCCUGCUUUCCCUCCCGCUCUCCCUAGCCCCACGAAUAGUCCAAUAGCGACCACCAACUCGAAUGGCCACCACAGGGGUUCGGAUUUCCUGAGCAUCAGUUUCCCUGUGCCGCCGAACCACCGCGGCUCGUUCAACGGCAGUCUCUUCCCCCCAAUCGAGAUUUCCAUACAACGAACGGGCCAUGAGGAGGUGUCGCCUUCUGAUGCGCGUUGCUCGCCUGACUCGGAUAUUCGUAGGAUUGACCGUGCUGAGCCGUAAGAGAGCUGGUGGUUGGACGUUGAGGUUGAUGGUCUGAUUGUUUAUGGUCUCUGGUCUCGCUACGUAUGACUCGGCGCUGCGUUCGCUCAUGCCUGCAUGCGGAGGUAAAAGUCACUCCGCGGGAUGAAGUAAAUGAAACCAAGCACGCUCGGGAUGCAUAGGCAUGAGGCGCGAAAGAGAGGUUACUUAUUGGCAUAACACGAGAAGCCUUGACUUGGUGAUGCUGUAUGAGCGUUUCUACAUAAGUUAUGAUACUUUCGAUUUCGAUUUUCGAUGCGAUGCCGAGAUGGGACUGCGGGUAGUACAUGCAAUACACUGUGUGUGCCUUUGUAUCUCUUCGGCUACUUUCCUGCCUUAUUAUAAUGUCU